GACUCCUACUGGGGCAUCAAGCUGCCAAACGGAACUUGGAAUGGCAUGGUAGGGAUGGUGCACCGGAAUGAGGUGGAGUUCGCCCUGGGCCCCUUCACCGUGACGCCUCAAAGGGAAGGAGCGAUCGACUUCACUUUGGCGGUGCACAGCGACAACCAGGCUAUCUUCAUGGUCAGGCCGGGCCUACAGAACGAUAUCACAGGGUUCCUCAAGCCCUUCACGCUAGAGGUGUGGAUGAUGGUAUUGUUGAGUGUUGCGAUCAUCAUGGGCGCCAUGGUGGUAGUGGCUGGGGCUGAGGCGCGGAUCUUUUCCCUCACCACCAACAAUAUCCCUGCUAAGACCUUCCUCUGGAUGCUGCAGACCCUGACUCAGGAGAGCUCUGAGUGGCUGCCCAAGAAGGACGGAGGACGCCUCAUAGUGACCACGUGGCUCCUGGCCUCCUUAGUGUUCAUGACCUCCUACGCCGGGAUCCUUACGGCCAUGUUGACAGUGCCUCGGGUCACCAUUCCUAUAGACUCCCUGAAUGACCUGGUAUCCCAGACUGACCUGCCCUGGCGACUCGAAUCUGGGUCUAUGAUGCUACCUUACCUGGGGGACUCAGAGGACAAGGUGAGACAGAAAGCGUUCAAAGAGAUGUCUGGGACCAUCCCGGACUGCUGGUCGGCACGUCAAGGUAUCGCCAGUGGGGCCUUCGCUGCCAUCUGUGAUGAGACUACCAUGAAGAAGGUCAUGUCCUGGGACUUCAGCACCAGCGGUCAGUGUCACCUGUACAUCGGCCGGGAGCGUGUCUACUCCAACACCAUGAUGGCUCUCGCCUUCCAGAUCAAGUCUUCUUACCUCGAGAAGGCAAAUGUUAUUAUUCAAAGGUUACGUGAGACAGGGAUUAUGGCCAAGUGGCUGGCUACUGAGAUCACCAACACCACCCAGUGCCUCCGUCCGCCCACCUCCGACCGCAGACACGGAGGGGUACAGCCCCUCAACUUAGAGUCCUUCCUCGGACCUGUCCUCAUCGUGUUAACAGGAUUGUCGGUUAGUAUGGUGGUCUUCCUGGGUGAACACCUCGUACACCGCCGCUCCGCCACAACAGGAUGCGACAACUGAAUCUCUGUCCACCUUCUGCUGUACAAGUUUCCUCGAGAGUCAGUGUCAAAUGGAUUAAUGGAUUGUAACUUAUAGCUUGAAAUUAUUAUUACAUUUUCGCCCCCUAGGCCCCGAUGUGGGUCAGUGACCCGUGCCCUGGUGGGCUAAUCCCCGUAAAUAAAAGAAUGUUUUAAGUUUACUGUCCUCUCUUGUCUUGUCUAUGAGCGUAAUUAUUUUUGUUUUGUUUAAUAUUACCAGUAAACACACACACACACACACACCGCUACUUCAUCUGCAAAUUUGGCGAAAAGUUUCUGCACUAUCCUCGACACCGGUUCCUACUUCCACCAGAGUUCCUUCGUCCGCGAAUUGUUGUUCAACACCACAACCGUAUUUAGCCCAUACGAGCACGCACUGAUCUCAAUAAGAACAGCCCAGUCCCAACCAUUGUAAAAAUUAUCAACAACUCAUAAUCAACCAGCGCGUUCACUCCUAACCAAUCUUACCUAUUUGCACUGUUACUAUGUUGAAAUGCCCUGUAGUUUAACUUUCUCCCCACCUUGUUAUUAUAUAUAAUUUUU